ACAAAUGAAGAAUUGGCCUUGAUACCGUUCUUGGAUCCCUUCAAACGAUUGACCAGGUCCCCAACUUUGACUGACUUCUUGACUACAUCAGACAAGUACCUGAUGGACCCCGCCGCCCCUGCCACAAAUUUCUUCACUGCACUCUUCCCUACCCGAACAAUAUUCCUGUUUAGUUCUUCAUAGCAAAUUCCCCUGGAAACCCACUCAUUGCUCAACACGUCAUCACAUAGGAACUUGAAUACAAAAUGAUUUGUGAGCAGGACAAAGAGAGAUUUCUGAACAACCUAGCAGCAGAUCAUCCUUUUAGUAGUCUGUCUGACCUGGCAGCAUGCCAUAAUCCGGCUCAGCUCUCUGGCAUCAAACAGCAAAUAUCCUUCUCUGACCCUGUCUUCAUGUAACCCACCAUAGAUGACCCUAGCUCUUAACCAAUCAUAGGAUCACACGCCAGCCAAGAAGACUGUUUGCUGUAUAGGUUAGAUUACCUUCAAACCAUCUUCUUCUCCGUGGACGAGUUCAACAUAUAGAGACCCACUAAGGUCUCUCCUCUUCUCUUCUCUCUCGAUCCUUCUCUUUCUUUUGCUUACCAAGUUAUCAUAUUAUUAAGCACUCCAUUAUUUCAUUGACUUUGGCGUUUAUAUAUCUCAUGUGCUGUCCUUUUUUCCACAAUGUCGACUCCUCUCUCUUUAUCUAUCUAGACCUUGCUCAGCUUCAGCUCAACAACUCUCUCCAUCCCAAAAAGAACGCUAUGGACCCCUCCGAGCUACGGACAGGGCGGCCGUCGCCACGGCGAGAGCUGCAAGGCCCCCGGCCGACCCCUCUCAAGGUUCAAAAGGACUCACACAAGAUCAAGAAGCCUCCUGUUGUGCCGCCUCCUCAGCAUCGGCCACCGGUCAUAAUCUACGCCGUCUCUCCCAAGGUCAUACACACCACCCCUGGCGACUUCAUGUCGCUGGUGCAGCGCCUCACCGGUGCCUCCUCUUCUUCCUCUUCUGCUGCCGCCGCCGCUGCUUCUCGGUCGCCUUCCAAUGUUAAUACUGCUGGAGAAGCACCGUCCCCCGCUGCUCGUUUAGCUGCGAUUGAGAAGGGAGCGCACAACUUGGAUGGCGAGAUGCAAAGGAAGAACGGAGAAGAUGUAUUGGAUCAACUAGGAAUUGAUGGUGGCACGACGACGAUUCACCGGCACAGUUCGUUCCCAGGCAUCUUGUCCCCGGUCCCAGCUUCUCUCCCAUCAAUAUCUCCUAACUUCUUCUCACCCAGGUCGAUGGAAACGAAUUCCCUUGGCUUCUUUCAUGAACUCAGCCCGGCUUUCCAAGCCAACAAAAAUUUCGUGGAGAAUACCUUCUUGGUUAGUCCUAACAAUUUCUUGACAACACCUGUUGUACCUUCUCCUGGUGCUUACUGGGACCUCUUCAACCAGUACCAGGAUUUUUAGUUUCCAUAGAUGCGAGCAUAGAGAGACAAAGGUUGAGGAAAGAGAUUGUUGGAUGGCUCGUAGUGGGAGAGGUGCAUGAAGACAAGACUCAGUUGUUUUCUUGUUUUUUUUGGGGGCCCUUGAUUAAUUAGGUGGUCCAUAUCUGAUGGAUACUCCACAUCAUUGUGACAUCACGAACGAACCUAACCUUCUUAUCUCUUUGAUGCAGGCAGGUUCAUCUGUAACAAGAGUCACACCAAUUGAUAGAUUUUUAACUUUA